AUUAUUUGAUUUGCAGAAUUGAGAUUGAAGAGAAUGUUGUUGGUGGCUCCUUCAAUAUGAUGUUUUUAAGCCACAGCAUAUCACUGGGGUACAGGAAUCAUAAAAAUAUUGUAAUGAGGGUUUCAUCAACAGAUUCACAAGAAAGUGAUCCUUCAGUUUUAGUGAAUGCUCAUUUUGAUGGUCCUAUUGGUUCUCCUGGUGCUGGUGAUUGUGCUACAUGUGUUGCAUCAAUCUUGGAAAUAGUGAGACUCACCACUGAUUUGGGAUGGGUCCCCCCUCGGCCUAUUAUUUUUCUAUUUAAUGGUGCAGAAGAAGUUUUUUCGCUGGUAUAAAUUACAUUUGUUGUGCUUAGUACUGCAGUAAAUUGCAUUACACUGUUGUGGCUAUUAGUGGCCACUGUAACUUAACAGCUCAUUAGAAUAGGUUUGGAUUGCAGUCCUUAACAUUACGGGUCCUCUAUAUAGUUGGUCAUUUGCUGAAAAUAAGCUUCCAGCUCCAGAAACAACUGAUGGUGGUCUGCCAUCAUACAUAUGUAGACUUAGUGGAGCCAGCCCUGAAAAUUAGAAAUUUUGGCUGGAGGUAAAGUUCAGUCUUUAAUACUAGUUUUUUAAUUCCAAAAUUUAUCACUUGUAAUUACAAGAUCGUUUCGUUUAAAUUAUGAACUGCAUGACCUGAAUUUUGCAGGCUGUUUAUAAUUAUGAUAUAAUCUUACGUUUUGUUUGUGGUAUGUGUAUAAAUAAACCAAUCUCUUGUGU